UGGCAUCAACUCGUGGAUCUCCUGGCACGGGUGGAAAUCUUCAGCUUCUUAAUCGCUCUUUAAAACCCUAUCCUCAUUCAGGUCUUCCAACAAUGGCGUCUGUUCAAUUCCGCCAAGCCCUUCUCAUGCUCAAACUUGGGACUGAAGACAAUCCUUUAUCUGAUGUCGGACAGAUCAUGACGUGUCCAAGAUGUCUGCCGUUGUCGCAGCUCGACUACAGCUUGUUCCGCCGAGGUUCCCUGGAGAUGCCAGAGAUGUGCUUGUGUAAAGACAGCUGCCUCAGUCUCCGACGUCAGUCCGUUCACUGGGCAGAUGAAAGUCACCCGAGUCUGGAGACACCGAGAUCUCAGACAAGGAACGCCAAGAGGAACAAGCCAAGGUCCAUUCUCAAGACAAAACAACAGAAUAAAAACAAAGCCCGAGUAGACAGUUGAUUUGUUGGAUUCAUAACACGCCAUGACAUUCUUAAAGGUGCUCGUCUUUGUGACGUCUAAGUAUCGUCUAUAAGACGCCUAUGUGAUACAAACGAACGAAGGACAUUUCUGUGACAAUCCGGAAACAAAAUACAGUUCCUCUGUAUCCAGUGGAGUCUUCCGGUCCAGGGUGCCGUUGUACAAAGCACUCUUAGCGCUAAGGUGACCGUAACUCCCAUACCUUAACAUAGACUUAUGGUAGCCUUUGUGCUAAGGUUGUUUUGUACAACGGCACCCAGGGCAUUGCUGUACCGAUGAUUGUUCUCGUUGUAGUUACACGCACUUGAAUGCAACAUUCUAGCUUUAGAUUCUUUUACAAUUUCAUUAUUUUCAAUAUGACUUCGUAUUAUGCAUUGCUAAUGGAAUAAACAUUAUAAAUGUU